GCUGGCUCGAGUCCUCCAGGGAGGAAUGAGCCCACCGCAAACUGCUGACCUCUCGAAUGGCUUUCCUACAGAAUCACAGCUGCAUCACUGCUUACAGCCUGAGAGAGUUCACAGAGAAAAUGGUUAAUGCCAUUGAGGCAGGUGUGGAUCCCAGAAGCACAUCAAAUUUCAGCAGCAGAUGGGAUCUCUCCAAUGCUUUCUUCUUCUGUGGGACCAUAAUCACUACCAUCGGCUUUGGAAAUAUCUCCCCUAAGACGAAAGGUGGUCAGUUGUUCUGUAUAUUUUAUGCCCUGGUGGGGAUCCCCAUGUUUGGCAUACUGUUAGCAGGGGUCGGAGACCACCUGGGCACGCUGCUGCGGAGAACGGUGGCAAAGAUAGAGACUCUGUUCCUGCACAAUGGUGUGAAGCCCACCAGUGUCCGUAUAAUCUCUGCUGUCUUCUCCAUCCUGAUUGGAUGCUUAAUCUUCAUUGCCAUGCCGACCAUGGUGUUUCAGGAAGUAGAGAGCUGGAGUUUAUUGGAAACAGGAUAUUUUGUAGUGGUCACCCUGACAACGGUGGGCUUCGGGGACUAUAAUGGCAGGACAGAAGGCACACCCCUGUACAAGACGUUGGUGUGGUUGUGGAUAGUGUUUGGUCUGGCGUACUUUGCGUCCAUCCUCACUAUGAUUGGGAACUGGCUCAGAGUGCUAUCCAAGAAGACACGUGCAGAGAUGGAGGAGCUGAGAGCUCAUGCCACAGACUGGACUCAAAACAUCCAGAACAUGUCCAUGGACUUCCGUAUUCCUGUGCCAUUGGAUCUCAAUGACCCCUUUAAGCUCCAACGCCGAUGCAGAAGAAAGCACCACCACCAUCACUGCCACCCAAGGCUGAGCAUGGCUGGUCUGGCUCAUGGGAUCUCCCUAGAUGCUGUUGCUAUCCGAGAGAAUGGACAUCUGCUUGUUGGCUGGCCUGAAUCCAAGUAUAAUCCAGCAUCUAAUAACCGGUCUGAAGAGAUAUCCCAGUCCAGGUCAUGGUCUAGAUUAGAUGGGAGGUAUGAAAGAAGACCAGGAUCGAGGUUGAUGGCAGGAUUUGCAUCUAGAUUCAUCUCACGGCUGGAGAUGAAACCACUGUCAAGACCCGUGUCCAGAGCCAUCUCUAGUUCUCCUUCAGUAUCAAGAUCGGGAUCAGUCUCCGGAUCCGAGACGCCUUCAGAAUCCUGGUCGGAAUCUGAGUCAAAUUCCCAUAAGUCAGAGGAGCUUGAAUCUGGAGCCAAGGGGUCACAGAGAUCACUGGAAGGUGGGAAGGAUGUUCCCAUCAUCAUAGUUGCCAGCUGUACUCCGCCCAGCCCCUCCCUGCUGGACUUCUUUGGCGAGAACCUGGCCUAUAUUGAUGAGUCGUCAGACACUCUUAGUGAUCGGGUCAAACCAGCCGGUCCGAACCGCCCUUGCAAGCCCAAGAGGAGGAGUUUGAGGAGGCAGAUCCCGCACUCGUAUCCUACUGGAUUACAGAGGGAGAUCAGUAGUGAACUACAACCCCCAUCACACCCUCUAACACCUAUACCUAAUAACUGAUAGAAAUCAGCACACGACCAAGGGUUCUUAGCAUCCUGAGGCCCCCUCAACUAGUAAUUAUGACUGGGAAACUCUGAGAUAAAUUUAAUACCCGAGUUUCAACAUGGCUGACGAGAAUAAAGUUUCAAUAGUGAAUUAUGGUUUUAUUAAUUUUUCUACAUGCAGCUACUAUAUUAUUGCUCGCCUUUUGAGUCAUAUACAUUUACGUACAUUAGGAACUGUUUGUUGCUUUUUAUACAUUUUUACACAGAUAUAAUAGCAUGUAUUUGACCAAAAUUCCAUAAUCGUCAGCCAGUUGGCUUGCAUGUAUUACGGUGUCAAAAUAAGAGUUCCCCGAAUUAAUCUGCCAUCCUCCAUGUUUCCAAUAACAAAGCACUUGAACAUGACGUCCUCGGAAUAACAACUUUAAAAGUGGGAAGUAGGAUAAUUCUGACAGCACGUGAAGGCAGCAUAAUUCACAAUACUACACAGUUUGAAGAUCCAAACAUGGAUUUAAAGAAUAAAAAUGCAAAUUAUUUGUGUGAUAUCAUGGCACAUUGGACAAAUACAAAGCAUACCUCCCUGACAAACAUACCAUUGCUGAGGACCUUUUGCCAUUUUUUUUUUUUCAAGGUUUGUUGGGUCACUGCG